UUGAACGCACUACUGGACUGGUAUUUGCUUGCUUGCUUUUACUAUCAAAAAAUAUUUUGUGCAGUUUCUCCAUUUAUCCAAGGCCGAGUUAGUUGCUAUCAAUGUAAUAAUUUAAUCUAUAUUUAAAUGGUCAAGUACCAUGGAAGACGAAAUUGAAGAAUGUAUUAGAAAAAAGACACAAUGGUCCCAAUUGCCUGGGCCUGUGAAAAAGCUGUUGGGUGAUUCUCCCAAAGAAUAUGAGAGGUACAUAUUCGAGUUCAGUAUUAAAAAUCAAUUGAGGUACAGAGGAAGUCUGGUGCGGACGGUUCGCAAAGAUGAGAAGAAAUACUAUGAGACGCUGGUGCAGAGCAGCAUACAGAGACUCAUGCUCUACCCCUAUCACCUAGCUGACAUGAUUGUUAAAGGUUUAAGAAUAACCCCAUUCAUUUACUAUGUGGAGGUGGUAGCUCUGCUCAUAGAGCUAGAAAAGAGUUAUGAUACCAUGCCCAAUUUUACUGCAGCAGACUGCCUCAGACUGCUCGGUAUUGGUCGAAACGAGUACCUAGAGCUAGUAGCCAAAGCCAGGUCGCUGGGCCGUCGUGGUAAGGCCAAGGCGAUCCGUGCGUUACUGCCCCGCGUUCCUUUAAACAUACCUAUGCAGCCUUGGUGGAGAGUCGAAUUGGGAUAUGUGUUGGAAGACGAUGUUAAGCCUCUAGGAGAGAGCGAGAGAGCGCUAAUAGACUUGCUUAUCGACCGCGGCUCGCAGACGGCCGGUACUCUCGACUACCAUGUCGUCAAGACUUUGUACAGGCGUGGCCUAAUCUACCUGGACGUGCCAAUAACAGCGGCGGACAAAGUAUCGGUGCCGCCCCUAAAGGGGUUCGUCAUGAACCGCAUAGCCGGCGAUUAUUUCGAGACUUUGCUGUACAAAGUGUUCGUUUCUAUUGAUGAGCAUACCAGUGUGGCUGAUUUAGCUGCGGUGCUGCAGGUGGAAUGCGAGCUAGUAAAACAAGCAGUAUCGCUAUACUGCCGGUUGGGUUUCGCCAACAAUCUGCAACCACCCCCCGUGGCGCCGCAGCACCCCUCCUGGCGGGAAGCCGUCACCACGCACAACCAUCAGCCGUACAGACAAAUAUCUCCGUUAACGUUUGAUCCUAACUUAGAUGACGACGCGAUACAAAUGGAACCCAUUAUUCUAAAACAAACGCCGUCUACAUCCAAGCAGAGUCCAGAAGAACAGGUGGAACCGUCUAAAAACGGUGGUCAAAGGGUAGCAGUAUUAUUUGACUCGACGCUAGCUGCUUACCUCAUGAUGGGUAACUUGUCUCCGGAUCUAAAAAGUCAUGCGGUAACGUUGUUCGAAGUUGGCAAGCUUCCUGACGAAAGUCUUGACAGUCUACUCAUGGAACUUGACAAGGUUGUAGCCGACCCAGAGAUAGAAGGCGAAGCUCGUCGCUACCUCGCAGCGGCUGCAUGCUUGCGGAUAGCGCUGCGAACAUUGCGACCUAAGCUGCGGCCGCUUGAUCUGCUGCGCUGCGAAGCGCUGCAUGCGCUGGGCGCCGCUGCACGGACGAGGUUGCUGUCUACUAAGUACAAACUGGCGAUAUCAACAGCGCCGCUCUGUCGCGAGGCCCGCGCGGGGGCAGCGGCGGGGUCCCUGCCGCACGUGGGCCCCGCGCCGCCCGAGGCACACACGCCGUGGAUGCGCCUCUACCUCUACCACGUCGCCGGGUAUGGACCACCCACGCUGCUGCUUACUAAGGGCACACAACUUCGCGGGGUCCCACGCCUACUCCUAGGCUACUCGCGGCUCUCAGUAUCAUGGUGGGGGGCGGAGUCCGCACUAGAAGGUGCCGGCGCCGCCGCAGGAGCCCUGGGUGCUGCGGCGGCGUUACUGGCGGCGCGGUCGGCGCUCCGUCGCGGGCCCGUGCUGCUGCAAGCUGUGGGUGUCAGGCAGCCCGCGCCGCUGAGGCAUCUUAUGUUCCCGCCUGAAGCUGAUACUUGUCCAGAGUCUCAGGCAAUGUGGUCUCGUCACGCGGGUCUGCGGCGGCUGCUGCGGCGGCUGCGGCUGUGGCGCUCGGUGGGCUACGUCACGCUCGCUGAUAUCGGCGUGCCCGACCUCGGCUGUGCUCGCCCGCCAGCUACUGUGCAACUAGUUCCACAAAGAAAGAAAAAAGAAAUCUGCGGCAUGGCGAAACCUGUCAGCGAAAUAUCCCUCUCAUCAACAGAAUCGACGGAAAAAUACACAGAGGAGUACUCCAAAACGCUCACCAGGCUACAGUCACCCAUCGAGUCACACUUCGCUGUCACCCCGACUACUGAGAGCAAAAACAGUUCACCUGCCAACGGGUUCACCAGCGCUGAGUGCGGACAACUGUUAUGUGACGAGUUAGACAACUUAGCUCUCGAUGACGUCACUAAACACGCACACAGCAAAGAGUCUAUUGCUUGCAGUGACGACUUAGUCCCCAUACAUUCGUCAUCGACAAGCAUUGAGGAUCUCAAAAGCGAGAAGAAGCAUUCCAAAGAGCAUUCAACGAGUAAAGAGUCUAUAGCGUCCGAUGAUUUGGUACCGAUUCAUUCUUCGUCGGUCAGUAGUGAGAAUUUGAGUAAGAAGUGUGAUAGGUCGUCGGUGAGUGCUUUGGAGGACUUGCUGAGUCCUGCGGAGGAGUCCAUCUCGAUGUUCACGCAGCUGAGCGACAAGCUGACGGAGAUGUCGGCCGCCGAGGGGGACAGCGGUGUGGAUACUGCGCAUUAUGUGUCCGAUGAUGAGGCUUGUAAACCUGAGAGGUGGACGAUAGUAGACCUACAGUUUGGUAUCCCGCUGUUCGACGAGGCGCUCUGUGAGAAGAUAUGCAAGUGCUUAGUGGAACGAAUAGCUAAACCUGAAUUAUUGGAUAAAGUGAAGGAGGACAAUGAAUUCAUUCGUUCAGAUAUAUUGAAAUUUGUGUCACAGUGUCAGUACUACCCUGGUGAAGACAUGGGGAUCGUAAAACGAGGUACAUUAGUUCCUCUACCAAGGAAGAACCUGGCCUUCGAGAACGGCAGGAUCAGCGAGUGGACCGGCAAGUGAGGCCGUCUCCCUCCCUCGCACCACAUCCACCGCUAGAGCGAUAGAGACAGAUAUACGCUUGUCGUGCCGGAUUCGAGCUUUACUAGACGUUUUGUAGAAUGUUCUUAUUUUGAAUGUUGUAUUUACAGUGGAAGUCUAUGGUAAUGCUAAAGAAAAUUAUUAUUUAUCAUAGAUUUUUUCGUUGUUGGAAAAACAACAGAAGCCAUAAAUAUAGCGUGUUUAUUUUGAGAUAGAAUAUAAUGAUUGAAUAUAUAAAAAUAUAUAAGAGAUAUUUUAGUUAGAUAAUAUACUUGAACAUUUAUCUUAGAAAAUAGAUUUAUCAAAGAGAGGCAAUAUUAUUUUUAAUGCAAAAAUUGAAUUUGUAUUCCACUGUAAACACAACAUUAGUUUUGCGACUAAACCGCUUCCAUUCUAUUUCGUAUGAAGAGACAAAAGUAAGAGAUAUUCAAAGAGUAUGUAUUUAUUUAACAUGCUCUAUCUGUAAACUAUGAAAUAUAUUACAAACAAAGAAAUCUACUUAAAAAUGUUUAGAUACUUUGCGUACGCGCAUUUCACGCAUCGGUGUUCAUAGAAUAUUUAGUCCUAUAUUCAUUUAUGACAAAAGAAGAAGGAUAAUAUUAUGAGUAACAAAUACAUGACGCUGUAAAACGAUUCCAUUGAAAAAUCUGUAAAAACAUAUACAUUUUAAUGUGCAAAUCUGAAACUGUGAAACUGUGUGUCUUACGUACAUGUGCGGAAUAUGUGGCGAGAUGAGCAUGAAGUACGUAUAUACCUAUAUCUGUGUACUACAUUGAGUCAAUUUGAUACAGAGAUUUCAAAUAUAUUUAACAUCCAGUUCUGACAGUCUGGAUAGGUAGGGUUUCAGCCCUUUCACACUACCGAUUAUUGCCGCGCGGAGAAUUCUAGUUUGUGCAACUGUAGUGUGAACCGACUUUUAGUUUACAAACAUACUGACUGCACCAUAACGCCAUCUUAGUUAUAAAAAUAUUCCAUAUUAAGAUAAAUAAAUAAACAAAUAUAUUAAACGAGAAAUUAAUAUAAAUAUAACUAGUUAUAUUAAGAAAUAGGCUCUAUAACUAAACUAAAUUUUAACUAAAUGUGCAACUGUAAUUUUAUUUAAAAAAACUCGUUUUUAUUUACACAAAUUGUCAGUAUUGUAUUUGUUACCUAUUCAUUAUGAAUCAGAGAUUUAUUUAUUGUUAUAUUUGUACUUAUAGAUGCGAUUUUAUGACUCCCUUUUUUUUUUUAAGAUAUAAAAUGUACAAAAUGUCUGUCUGUGUUUGAGUAGUGACUGUCUGAUACUACGAUUGGUUGAUAGCUACUACUGGCACUUAUGGUGCGUGUACACGGUGCAUGUAGCUGGAGCAAGUUAACAUGCGCAAGUGACCCGCGCGCACCAUACAGAGGACGCGGGUACUAGCUUGCUUUGGUACUUGCGCGAGUCGCUAGAUCCGCACGUUUUUAAAAUACAUUUAACCUGCGCAAGUGUCUCAAUAUGCGCAAGCUACUUGCACCGUAUAUGAGAGUCACAGUAAACUUUAUUUCUGGUUAACCCUAAAGUCACCGUCACUACUCAAAUACUUUUGCAUAGUUAACUAUUACACCCUAUGUGGGUUGACGGCCAUAGCUUAUACUACUAGGAAGUAUCCGUCCCUUAUGCCUCGACCACACUUUGAGAUUGAAUCCGUCAAUUAGAAGAGAACAGUAGAUAUAUUAUGUUUCUUUCGUUUAUUUAUUAAAGUUAAUCAGCAAGUGUGGUUACGCCAUAAUACAAGCACUCUUAUUUGCUUGUCAUUUAACACAAAUUAAUCAACAUUUAUGUUUUAUAGCUUACUUCAGUUUUAUAAUAAGAUACAAUAAAGUAUUUGUAAAUAA